AGUACACCGUCCUUCACCAUUUCGUGCAGAGCACACACAACCCAGAGCUGCCCAGUGCGAGAACAGCGAUCCUCUCCGCUCGAGUGUAUAUAGAUAUAUCCGUUAGUGUUGUUCCGUUCGUCCCGCGUCCUUCACUAGACAUUGUGGUAACCGAGAGCGCCGCUACGUGGCCUGCAUAACACCUCCGUUCCUUUUCCCUUCUACAGCUUUCAUUGCCCACGCACCAACACGGAGAGUCCGCAAAAAACAAAAAGGGCUGCUGAUACUCUCUGAGCCUUUCGCACCUGCACCUCUUCACGUUCGAUAGAGGAGGAACUCCAAACAUCGCCUUUGUGGUCGAGGCUCUUUCCACUUACUGUUUUUUACGAGAUACACACAUUGAUACACAGCCGGAUCCACCGUAGUCGGCGCACUCAUCUCUAUACACACACACACAGAUAGAUCGAUAGACCGAUACAGAGCGAGAUGUCUGUGGAGCUGGUGGCGCAGUGGGCGAAGCGCGUGAGCGACGCUGAAGAGGAGGCGCGCCGCAUGCAGGAGGACAUCGACGCCGUCAAGCAGCAGCGGAGGACGCUGAAGGCGGACAUCCGCAAGUACGAGGACGUCGUCGCCUCGGAGAAGCACGACCUUCUAGCGUCCCUCGAGAGGGUGGAAGCCCAGGCGAAGGAGCUCGGCGCGCAGUGUGACGCCGCGCUGGCCGAGAAGGACAGGGUCGAGGCGGAGUACGUCGCUGCCCUCGACGAGUACGAGAAGCUACACUUCUUCGUGCGCGACAUCCAAGACGCCGAGGAGCGCCUCCAGAGCCGCGAAGAUCUAGAAGCGAAGCUGCAGCGAGAUAGCCUGGAAUGGGCGGAGGAGGAGCACGCCUUGCGGCGCCAACUGCACCAACUGCAGCAGCAGCAGUCGCAGGCACGACGGACGCAGCAGGCGGAGCUGCAGGAGGCGGAGGCGCAGCUCGCCAGCGUGGAGCGGCGGCAGCGGGAGGCGCGGGCGGCGCGGUGCGGGGAGGUGCAAGAGGCCACUACCCGUACUGCCGCCGCCGUCGUCCGCCGGAGCAGCCGUCCGCCAGCACCCUCGGCGGAGGAGAGCGCGUUUCUGCACGCCAACGCGGGCGGGGCCGUCCCGACACGCGCGGCUCCGCUGCGAUCGUGUUUGAGGACCUCGAUGACGGCCGCAGGGAGUGCCGGCAGCAACAGCGGGGCUUUCCCCGAGAAUGCAACGGCGUCUGCGCCGGUGAGUCGAUGCGCCUCUCAGUCGUUGUUGGCGGAGUCGGGGCCGAGGGAGGGCGAGGGCGGCACGGCGAACGCCGCGGCAGCCACGAUGCCGUCACUGCAGGUGCUGCAGAAGAUGCGUGCACUUUCGUACGCCGGACCUGGCAAGCCCGGCUCCCGCAAGCGUGAGUUCCUCGGUGAGGCGACCAACGAACAGUAA